CUCCCAUUCUCCCUUACCCACACCUUUCCUUCCUACUCGGCAUUGGUGAACCUCAGACAUCAUGGCCCCCUCGUCGAUCCCCCUUCAAGAGUCCAAGGACCAGCCUGACUACAACAACGAGGCAGUUUUCCGUCGCAACUGUCUCCCUCACAGGACCUACCACAUCCCCGAGACGUCACUCUGCCUCAAUGGCGUCUGGGACUUCAACUACGUCUCGACGCCGCUCGAGGCUCCCGAGCCCAAGGACGAGGCCGAAUGGGCCCCCAUCAACGUCCCCGGCCACUGGCAGCUGCAGGGCUAUGGCCGCCCUCACUACACCAACGUGCAGUACCCAAUCCCCGUCUGCCCACCGCACGUGCCUACAGAGAACCCCACGGGAAGCUACCGUAGGCAGUUCCAAGUCCCGCCCUCGUGGGACGCCAGCCAGCAGCUGGUUCUGCGGUUUGAGGGUGUCGACAGCUCCUACCACGUCUUUGUCAACGGGGUCCUGGUGGGCUACGCGCAGGGUGCGAGGAACGCUGCCGAGUACGACAUAACUGAGCACGUCAACCGUGACGGGCCCAAUGAGGUUUUCGUCAGGGUCUACCAAUGGUCCGACGGUUCUUAUAUUGAGGACCAGGACCAGUGGUGGCUCUCAGGAAUCUUUCGAGAUGUGCACUUGAUCGCCUUCCCCACCGAUUGCCGCAUCCGCGACUGGUUCAUCCUUACCGAUCUUGAUGACGAGUACAAGAAUGCCAAGCUUUUGGCGAAUGCAGAGGUCAUCAGCAAGUCCAAGGGAACUCUGAAGCUUACGUUGCAAGAACUGGCCAAGAAUGGCGGCACAAUCAUCGGCGAGACCGAAGUAGAGGUCAGCUCAGACGGAGAGAGCCCCGAGAUCGUUAUACCAGUCUCAGACCCGAAGAAGUGGACGGCCGAGACACCCAACUUAUACCGCGUCUCCCUCACAUUAAGCUCGGGCUCGGCCAAACCCUACACAGUCAGCCAGAACAUCGGCUUCCGCAAAGUCGAGCUUAAGAAGGGCCUCAUGUGCGUCAAUGGAAAGCCCAUCAAGCUGCGGGGUGCCAACCGCCAUGACCACCACCCAAGGCUUGGACGUGCCGUACCCCACGAGUACGUGCGCCGUGACCUCCUCCUCAUGAAGACCCACAACAUCAACGCUCUCCGCUGCAGCCACUACCCACCUCACCCCAAGCUCUUCGAUCUUGCCGACGAGCUUGGCCUGUGGGUCAUGGAUGAGGCGGACCUCGAGUGCCACGGUUUCUACGACGCCAUUGCCCGGCCUCAAGACAUUCCCGAGGAACGGGACUACGAAGAGCGCAAGGCAUUGGUUUUCCCCAAGGCCGCCAAGUACACCUCCGACAAGGAGUCCUGGAAGGCAGCGUAUGUCGAUCGCAUGGAGAGCAUGGUGAUGCGUGAUCGCAACCACCCUAGUAUCAUCAUGUGGUCCCUCGGAAACGAGGCCUUCUACGGCCAGAACCACGUCGCCAUGUACGAAUACGCCAAGAAGGUCGACCCUGGCCGCCUGGUGCACUACGAGGGUGACAUCCAUGCCAAGUCGGCAGACAUGUACUCGUACAUGUACCCGCCCGUCUCUAGGCUCAUCGAGCUGGCCAAGACUGAGGGCGUGGACAAGGAUGGCAACUUCGAGAAGCCCAUCGUGCUGUGCGAAUACGCCCACGCCAUGGGUAACGGACCCGGCUGGCUGGAAGAGUACGAGGACGCCUUCCGGACGUACCCGCGUCUUCAGGGAGGUUUCAUCUGGGAGUGGGCCAACCACGGUAUUUGGAAGGAGGAGACUGGCCAGGACGGGAAGAAGAAGGCAUUCUACGGAUACGGUGGUGACUUUGACGACUUCCCCAACGAUGGAAACUUUGUCAUGGACGGUCUUUGCUUUUCGGACCACACCCCUACGCCUGGCCUGACUGAGCUGAAGAAAGUUGUCCAGCCCGUGAAGUUUAGCUUCAAGGAUGGCAGGCUGAGCCUCCAAAACCUGUACAACUUUGUCGACCUGAGCCAUCUGGUGGCUCAUUACAAGGUUGAGGAGUUUGGUAACGAAACUACUCUGGUCGACGCUGGCGAGUUCAAUAUCCCUUCGACCGGACCGGGUGCGACAACCGAGGUUACCCUCCCUGCAGCAGUCAACCACAAGGGCCAAGGCGAGACUGUUCUGACGGUCACUCUUCGUCUGCGGACUAGCACACCAUGGGCCGAGGCCGGUCACGAGAUUGCAUGGCACCAAGAGGUGCUCUCACAAUCCAAGACCGAGGCAUCUACUGCCAGCAGCUACCAACUGGCUUCCAAGAUCGACGUCAAGACUUCGGGUGCCAAGCUGACGCUCUCAGGAGCCGACUGGUCGUUUGAGUUCGACAGGGCGCGCGGCUACCUCAAGAGCUGGGUCUCGGGUACAACCACAUUGCUGUCUGCCGAGUCGAAGAGUAGUGCGGCAUUGAUCCCAGGCUUUUGGCGCCCACCUACUGACAACGAUCGCCCGGCCUCGCUGCCUUACUGGAAGCGUUUUGGUGUGGACGACCUGACAUCGCAGCUCCGGGGCUUCGAUGUAGCCGAUGGUGAGAACGGUAGCGUGCGCAUUACCAGCAAGACUUUCCUGUCCCCACCUGUUCUCGCUUGGGGCUGGGAGUCGACAAUUACCUACGUCAUCUCGGCUAUCGGCAACCUUGGUGUCGAGGUCAAGCUGGUACCGACGGGCUUCUUCCCCAAGCACGUACCACGCGUGGGGCUGGACGUGAACGCCUCGCGGGCUUUCGACGACGUCCGCUGGCUUGGACUGGGCCCCGGCGAAAGCUACCCAGACAAGCAGGCAUCGCAGCGCGUGGGGAUCUGGCACCACGCCGACGACGGAGUCGCGGCCCUCCACACAGAAUACGAACGGCCGCAGGAAGGCGGAAACCGCAUGGGAACUCGCUGGCUCGAGUUGCUCCUCAAGGACGGCCAGGGCCGCGGCAUCCGGGCACGCUCGACGGCCGACCCGCACUUCAGCUUCGCAGCUCGUCGCUACACUGACCGCAACGUCGAGGAUGCCAAGCACCCGUGCGACCUGGUCGAGGUCGACGCGACACUGCUGCGCCUAGAUGCAAAGGUCGCGGGCGUCGGUACCGCUGCGUGCGGGCCCGGCGUGCGCGAGGACCUCCUCGUCAAGACUGAGGAAGUGUCGUUUGGUUUUGAGAUUGAGAGGGUGGGGGCAUAAUUGCCGUUGCGUGAGCGUUUAUCUAAGCUCGAGGUAGUUAGUUGUCAAUUUUGGGAAAGCUUCUGGAGCGAGUUUGGAAGGAAGAAAAGUCUCCGGGUUGGCUUAUCAUGGGUGACUAGGUGGGAUUAUUGGAUUUCGGUCUUGGAAGGACUUCGGAGGUUGUCCCAAAUGCAUCUCUACCAAUGACACAAUUGAUUCAUGCCUAUUUAUCUAAUGCUUGUUAGGCAGGUAGUGUGAGACGAGUCAAUAUUGCGUGAUGUCGACGAGGCAAGAGGGAAGCUUCGGAGCAUUUCGUGUGAUUUUGCUUUUG